AUGGAUCAAUCAACUACUAUAUUUGUCAUUUGUAUUAUAAUAGGAUUUUUUAUGAUAAAAUGGUUUUUUAAAGGAGAAGCUCAUCCUUCCUUAUCGUCUACACAAUCCGCAAGAACUACUAAUUUUGCCUCCAAUGGAACAACUUCCGGUAACACUGGUUCCUCUACAAACAAUAACAAUGUGCGUAAUAGAAGAAGACCUAGACGUGUUGUUACUCAGGAUAUGAUCGAGGUGGUACAAAGUUUGGCUCCAUAUUUAACUGUGGAUCAAAUUCAAUACGAUUUAGAAAAGACUGGUAGUGUAGAAGCCACCGUUGAUAAUGUUCUAAGAGAUGGUAGCUUGCCAUUUCCACCAGGAUAUCAAGCACCAGCGCCAACUUCACCAACAUCUACUCAAAACAACAGUAACAAUGUCAACGUUAAUGGAUCGUCAACCAUAAUCGAUCCUAAAAAGAUUUCUAAUAUCAAGUCUGAUAAUUUAUUGACCAAAUAUAACGUUGAUCCAAAUGAAGAUUUAAGUUCUUGGAACUGCAAAGAGUUGUCCAUUGAAGAUAAAAAAAAAUAUAUGGUUUGGAAAGCUAGAAAAAAUUUAGAAAAAGAAUUAGGAUUAAUUCGUUAA